AUGAAUUUCUCUUGCCCGUAAAAAGAACAUAUAAUAAAAUUUUCAUCUGUUUGGGAUUACCUUAACCAUCUUCAAAAAUGUCAUAUCAUCAAUGAGCGUAUCCAAAUAUUUGGUGAAACUAAAAAGUAUCAAUAAUCUUAAAGUAUGCAGUGAAUAUUACUUUUGCGCCUUUUGUUUGUAAGUUUUUGAAUUUAUAGCUGAAAGAGAUAGCCACAUCCCUAAUUGCAAAAAAGAAAACUUGACUUAAAUUUUUAAAGAUGAUAAUGUAAAUUACAAUCAAUAUCAGAAAAGUUAUCAAUUCCUUUAGGGAAAACAGGAAAAUCAAAGAUUUAAGACUUGAUAAAUCAAUAUAAAAGGCAACUUAAUUCAAAGAAAUCAAUCCUAACAUCGACAAAAGAGGAUUCUUUUAAUGACCAAAAUGAUGUUAUCAUUUCUGCAGAUCCACGAUUAUGCAUACCUAAAAUUGAAUUCAACCAAAUCAAAGCUAGAAAUAUACCAAUCAUUGAUAAAAUCAGUUUUAAUUUAUUGAGCGGGCAUUUAAUAAUGGAAGCUGCUUAUUUUAAAUUACAUAAUAAUUAUAAAAUAGAAUAAGUAAAUAGGGAAUUCUCAUUUAAAAUUAAAUCAGAUAAACUCAAAUAAAUUGCGAUUACACACAAUUUUCAAUUCACAAAACAAUUAUUAGAAGAAUCCAAAGUUUUAGAAUUUUGUGAAUUGAAAUUAGAUAAGAACCCUGAAAUAUAUUUACAAAUCGUUUAAAACUCUCAUUAUAAGUCUUUUUGGCUUCUAAUGCCAGAAAGUUAAAAUUUUGUUAAGGAUUUUUGUUUUGAUGAGCCAUGGUGUAUUUUUAACAUUAAUAUGAUUCAAAUGCUUGAUUAAAAAUAAAACAUUACUUAAAUGCCAACAAAAAAAUAAGAUCCUAUCAUUUAGCAAUUAUAAAUGGAACUUUAAAAGUAGGAGGAAGAAAGUAAACUGUUAAAAGAAAAAUUACAAAAUAGCUUUUAAGAUAUUGCAUAGAUAUAGGAACAAAAUUAAACUAUGAUAUAGGCAUAAGAUAAAAAAGAAGUUACCCUAGUCUAAUCUCAAAUAAAGUUAAGAGAAAUGGAUUUUGGACUUGAAAAUGUAAAAGAACAAUAUAAUCUAUUAAAUAAAGAAAAAUUAUUAAGUGCAGAAUAGAAUUUAAAUGGAUUUUAUAAUAUUUAGAAAUAAAUUCACUCCCAUAAUUUGUCUAAGAGGAUUGAAGAACUAAAUAUAGAUUACAAAUAAAAAACACAUAAAUUAAAAAAAACUAUUUAAUCAUUAGAAAAUAAAAGAGAUAAUAUGGUAACCUAAUUUGAAAAUCUGAAAAACCAAAUCUAGAUAAAGUAAAAAUAAAUGAAUUCAAAAUUAGCAAAAGCCUCAUCAACAAAGUAAAAGGUAAUCUUUUUUUAAACUAAAUAGAUUUAAAUGAUUAAAUAAUUGUUAUGUAUUUAGUGUAAACAAUCAGAAAGGAAUGUUAUUUAAUUCCCAUGCCAACAUUUCCUUUUUUGCGAAACAUGCUUUUUAACAAAAGUAUCAACUAAAAAUUUUUCUUGUCCCCUCUUCGAUGUUUCAGAAUGCUAAGCAGAGUAACUAUCAUCCAAAUAUAAAACUGUCAAUAUCAUAAAUUUAUGAAC